UCUGCAAGUGGCGGGCUGCCGGGCAGGCGCAGCGCCACUUCCCGGAAGUAGUCUCGGGCACUCGGGCAACGGCUCAGGGCUAUUUUGGCAGCUGCAAGAAGAUCCUUCAAAACAAGAAUGCCAUCUCCUCUUGGUCCCCUAAACCUGCCCUUCAGAGACCCCGAGAGCACCCUUGAGGAGCCUGAGGCUGCACGGCUGAGAUUCCGGGGGUUCUGCUACCAGGAAGUAGCGGGGCCCCGAGAGGCCCUGGUCCAGCUGCGAGAGCUGUGUCGCCAGUGGCUGCGACCUGAGUUGUGCUCUAAAGAACAGAUGCUGGAGCUGCUGGUGCUAGAGCAGUUCCUGGGUGCACUGCCCCCUGAGAUCCAGGCGUGGGUGCGAGGGCAGCAACCAGGCAGCCCUGAGGAAGCUGCAUCUCUGGUGGAGGGGCUGCAGCAUGAUCCUGGGCAGCUACUGGGCUGGAUCACAGCUCAUAUCCUGAAGCCAGAGGUGCUUCCUUCAGUCCACAAGACAGAGGAGUCCUCAGGGCCCACCCACCUCUCAGAAACAGUCGAGCCCCUGAAUUCAGCCCCUGGGGAGGGUCAACAGGAUGCCAGAGUGGAGGGGUCUGCUCAGCUCACCUGCAGUGUGAAGGAGGAGCCCAGUGCUGAUGGGCAGGAGAUGGCAUCCUCCAGGCCCCUGCUUCCAUCUGAGUCCCCUGAGGGGCAUCUUCAACAUCAGGAACCAACCUCCACAUCUUUCCACCCACCCAGGAUUCAGGAGGAAUGGGGGCUACUGGACCCAUCACAGAAGGAGCUAUAUUGGGAUGCAAUGCUGGAGAAGUAUGGCACAGUGAUGUCCCUGGGGAUGCCACCCACCGAGCCAGAGGCACAGGCUGAGCCAGCGCCAGGGCCUCCACACACAGGACCUGAGGCACGCAGGAGUCACUGCCUGGGAGCAGGGACUGCAGGGCCAGGGCUUGGCCAAGCCAGCACAUUCCCUCCAGGUGAGAGCCAGAGCCCUAGCAAGGAGCAACCUAGUACCUGGGAGGGCCCAGCUCCAGGCCUGCCUGCCACACCCCCCUCCAAGCCCACACCUCGAAAACCCUACACAUGUGAGCAGUGUGGCCGCAGCUUCGACUGGAAGUCAGUAUUUGUCAUUCACCACCGCACACACAUGGGUGGGCCAGGCCCAGAGAAACCACCAAAGGCACCCUGGGAGCCAGCUGUGUGGCACCCACCCAGGCGGAGCUAUACAUGUGAGGAGUGUGGGCGCAGCUUUAGCUGGAAGUCACAGCUGGUCAUCCACCGCAAGAGCCAUGCAGGCCAGUGGCGCCACUUCUGUGUUGACUGUGGCCGCAGCUUCGACUGGAAGUCCCAACUGGUGAUCCAUAGAAAGAGCCACCGGUCUGAAGCUCUGUGAGUGGCUGGAGAGGGCAGCUACCCUGGGGGCCUCAGGGCCUGAAUGCAGCAGCGUCCCAGCCUUGGCUCCAGCCACCUGGAGGCUCUGGAGGCAGCAGGGGCCCAGAGUGAACCAGAGAUCCCAAGAUCUGCCCCUGCCUGCUGGAGCCAAGCCUGGGUUGGAAUCUACUGACUUUGGGGUGAUGACCAAAUCCCAGGCUCCCCACCUUGCAAUGAUGCAAGCCCACAUUGUCUGAGAUCAAGGGUGGAUGCCCCAAAACUGCCUUCCCCUUCUUGGACCAGAAGUCUCUGGAAGGCACUGGAAGUCCAGGAAAGCAUAGCUGACUUCUAUCCUGCUGUAUGUGAUGC